AUGAAUUCAGAAUUAGGAUCUUUUACAGAGCGUGCACCACUCAAGACUUAACCUUCAAUACCAAAACAACCACAAAGGCCUGCUUUCUUAAAAACAGUGAAUCUAAAAACUUUGCAAAAUCAGAAAAUAGUUUCCUUUCAAAAUAAAAUCUGGAGAGAAAAAGCACUAGUAGUCUUAAUUCAAGUACUUCGGUUUAUUUCCUUAAUAACUCGGAGUCCUUUUGCAUCGAAGUUUUCAUUGUUGGAUGGAAACAUGUUCAGAAUCAUAGGUGAUAAAGCAGCUGACUUCAAUUACUAUUUGCUACAUGAUUACUUUAAAUAUAUGGUAGUAUAAUUAAAUAACUUAAGAAACCUUAACCAUCAUCUAGACUAAAGUACUUUAUUUAAAAACAUCUUUACUAAUGCUGUUAAAUGAAAGGAAUUUUGGACUCAAUUACCAAUUUAAAGAUCACUUUAGAACCAGAAUCUAUAUUUCUCAUUGUUUGGAAUGUAAUUUUGCUCAUUCACAUUAAUCUCAACACUCUUUAUAUUACAGUGAGGUUUUCAUUUGAUUUUGAAAAUUAUCCUCCUGAGAGAUUUUAAAUUUGCGAAGUCUUUCUAUUUAAAGUUCCUUUCUACCUCUAUCUAUUUGACAUUCUCAUAAAGAUGAAUACAUGUUAUUAUGAGUUAGGAUAUCUUGUAAGAGAUCGAAAUAAAAUCAUGGCCAAUUUCUAUAAACACCGUAAUAUCCCAAUAAUUAUUAGAUUUUUUGAUGAAUCUUCUGAUUAUUGUUCCAUCAUUGAUUUAUUUGAUUGGUGUAACUGAAUUACCUUUAUAUUUAUUUUUGGUAAUAAAGGGGUUUUCUAUUCCAGAAAUAAUGGAGUCAAUUAUUGAUAGAAUGGAAUUAACUACUAAUUAUUGGGUUACAUACGAUCUGCUUCGAUUGAUUUAUGUGAUAUUAUAUUAAUCUCAUUUAUGCUGUUGUGGAUUAUAUUAUGUAGGCUUAUUAGAUAAAGAAACCUCAUGGUUAUUAGCAAACAAUUUGAUAAAUGAAACUUGGAUUAUUAAAUAUGUAUAAAUUUAGAAUAAAUAAAUUAGUUUAGCACAUAUUAUUGGAGCAUUAUCACCAUGACAACUAUAGGAUAUGGGGAUGUGACUCCAUAAAAUUUGAUUGAAAAAGUGUAUCUAAUUUUUGUUGCCAUAGUUUCUUGCUGCACUUUUGGUUAUUCAAUUAAUAGUAUCGGAUAAAUAUUGGGAUAAUUGCAAUCAAAAAGUCAUUAAAUAAGAGUGGAUUUAAAUGAUCUCAAGUAGUUUCUUAGAGUUCGAGGUUAUAAUAAUAAAUUACAAAUUAAAAUUUUGAGAUUUUUCGAGUUUUUGUGGAAGGAUUAAAGCAAUGAAAACAAACUAGAUCUUAAUAAAUUUAAUUAGCAGCUUCCAUCUCAUCUAUAUAAUGUAUUACAAUCCAACUGAUUAUCUAGGAAAUGAUGAUAGAUCUGAAUAUGAAGAGUAUAUCAAAAAUUCCCUUUUUUAAAGAAAACUUCAACGAAGACUUUAUUUCAGCACUUGCCUCUAAGUUUGUUGAAGAAAAAUUAGUUCCCUUUAACACUAUAUUUUAAAAAAAUGAUCCUAGCAAUUUUUUAUAUAUACUAUGCGAUGGUGAAAUAGAAUAUUUUGUUGAAAUUCCUGAGGGAUCUGCAAAUAUUUUAGGUAUCCAAAUAGUUUCUGGAUAAGAUUAAAUAUUUGGAUAACAAGAAUUUCUAUUGGAUUAAAAUUAUGAAAUUGGAUGUAGAUCAUUGAUAUCUUCUAGAAUUUUGAAAAUCUCUAAAAAUGAUUUCUAAACUAUUGCAAAAAAAUAUGGCUAUGUAUAAAUUAUUUGAAUGUUUAGGAAAAAUAUUGUUAAUUGAAAGAUUUGGUCAAAUUUUCUGGUCGAUUUGAUGAAUUUCAUCUGCAUUGUGUUGGAUGCAAUAAAUCAACACAUAUGCUUUAUCAAUGUCCUAUGUUAACAGGUUUUCCCAACAAGACAAAAAUUAUCAUUUAGUAUCGAAAAAAUAAAAUUCAAGAAAGAAUGUACUAUAGCAGAUAAAAUACAAAUAGAAGACUAUCAUCCUUAAUUUUUGAAGCUUAGAUAUCUGACACUGUUCUGUAUUAUUUAAUGCAAGAUCCCAAAUUGUCCUAAUAAAUAAGUUCAAAGUACUUUAUCUAAUCACUGAAAUAAUAACAACAUUAAAAAGAGUAAAAUAAAGACAAUUAGAAGGAUCCUAAUUUAUAAUAUGAUACUAAUUAUACCAACAGAAAACUGUCUGUUUUAAAUAUUAAGGGUAGAAAAUAGUCACAAUAUAUAAAAAGGUUGCCAGGAUUCUUGAAUAAUUCUCUUUUAAAUUUUAAAAACACACAAGAGGAUAAACUUAAGGCUGCUUUGGAAUCAUUUUCAAAGAAUGUUUCUGGGUGUAAUUCAGAACAAUAAACGCCUCAACUUAAAGAAUUAAAAAAAUUUAAGACUCAUUUGGAUAAGAAUCAAGAUGAGAUAAACCCACUAGAACAUAAUAAAAUUACUUAGGAUAUUGGAAAAUCUCUACUUUUUAAAUCUAUUAAUCAAUCUACAAACUAAUGCUAAUCUAAUGAUCCAGCCACAAUAAGUGAGAUGGAGAAUUCUUCUGAUUCUGAAAUUAGUGAAUCUUCUUCAAUUGAAAUGAAGGAAAUCAGUCCAGCAAUUAAUUAUUUAAAUCAAUAACAUAUGGGAACUUACAAGGAUAUUUAUGAGGAAUUUGAUAAAUGCUAAGAUUUUCAAAAUUAUAUGACUCAUAUGAAUUCUCAUAGUAUUUUAGAAUAAUUAAAUCAAAAUAAAGAUUGCUAGAACUUCACAGAUUUCAUGAUUGUUAAUUUUGUUAGAAAACGUAGAUCCAAAAGAGCAAAACUAAUAAUCAAAAUUGAUGAUUGA